AUGUGCACCAACACAAAGCCUCACCAAGACCGACUAGUGAUGGGUAGCGCAGUCCUCGCUCUGGAGCCAAUCUUGUCGAUCGUGACACGAUUGGUCAAGAGACUCCGGAUUCAGGCCCUCUACCUUCUCCACCCCUUGCGUUUUUCGAUGAAGACACCGGCAAAGUACGAUGCUAUUACCCCAACUCUUAGGAGCGGACGUGCGCCGCACAGGAAGCAGGACAAUUCACUACCGCUUAAGCGCUACCCUGCGGUCGGCAAGAAAAGACGACAACAGGGCCGAAAGACAAGUGAGACACUCCAACGGUGCGGGCGCCGACUCCAGAACCCUCUACCUUCUCCACCAAGGUCGCUCCGGGGACCUGUAAAUGAAGGCGCUAGAGCUCGAUGGCCAGAUGCCCACCAUGGCCAACGCAUCGAUUCGCUGUGGGGCAUCCAGGAGCUUUACCAGACGGCGGACGGCAAGGCCACCGUCCCACGCUUCAACAACUCGUUGUGUGGGAUUAGCCAAGCCAGGAAGCCGGAUGGCAUUGCCCAGCCGCCUGGCUGGGUCUCCUUGCCCUCGUCGGGAAGAUCUUGCCAGAUCUUCUACUACGAUCGGCCCGAGUGGUGCACGUCCUGCGUGCACACCGCGGACGCUCCACACCCAACAAAAGAUUGCCGCAGGCAGCACCAGGAGCGCCGAAGAGCUCUCCGAAGCAUCCGUCGCCUGCUUUGCCGGACAGCUGCGACGUCUGUCUCUGCCUCGACCGCCGCUGUCGCGGUGCCAGCAGCUCAGCAAGCUAUAGGUCCGCCGGCGCCACUGGCAGCAGAGGACGUGGAGAUGUCCGAGAACACUGGACAGCAGUCUAGUGCGCUGGACCUUUCCACAGGGGCUUUUGCAGGCCUCACCCCAUUGAGGGAAUCCAGAAGCGCCCACGAGGUCUGGCACUAUCUCAACCAUGUCCGCGUGCCAGCAGGUUUCUGUCGUUUCCCGGUCGACUCAACAAACCCAAUCUCGCUUGCUACACCGCAAGCGAAAACAGCUGCUCGAAUGACCUUCGAUGCCCAGCUGCGCAACGUUGGCCUCACCUCUUUUGAGGUGACGCUAAACAACCAGAGCAACACUCUGCGCUCUGUCGACAUCCGUCUGCUCCCGCCCGUCACCGACUUUCAGCGACUCGCUCUUCGCUCUUCCCAGCUCCAACUACAAGGUGCUCGCCUGUCUUUCGCCCUUGAGGGCCGAGAGAUCCCACCAGGCUGCACCUUCUUCAACAUCUCCGAUGUCAGCGCAGCAACACUCGAGAAGCCUCACCAGCUUUUCACUUCACUGGACGGCCAAUUCGCUCACCACGGCCAGCGCAUCGAGGCUCUAUGCUAG